CAAAGAUGUGCGCUAGUGAGGCAACCAGCUCAGUCUGUUUAGUAAUUUUAUUAACUAAGAUUAGAUUAUGAUUUUACUGCUCAUAGUAAAAGUAUUUUUAAAUGAAUCUCCCCGAAUGGGUCUUGGGAAGACAUGUAACCGUUUUAACUAUAAUAAUUAUUUUAUCUGUAUAAUGCCUUAUUCAAAUUGACUUUAUAUAUGCUGUGGGUUUGUUUAGUGUAGUGUUUGCGAAAAUAUGCAGAUUUACGCGUUAAUUUGAAUUUUGAUGAUUUGAUCCACUACGUCUACGACUGACAACACAACCCACAAGCUACAAAGUAUAUUGAAUUAAAAUUAAUUUUUCUGACACCUUCAAUGUAAUAAAUAUUUAUCGGAUAGAAUUACAAUAAUUAUUAAUAUUUGCCUAAAAACUAUACUGAAAAUGCCGCGUAAGAAAGCAGUAUUGACCUGCGCUUCUGAAGAAAUUAACAAAAAGAUUGAACUUAUGAAAGGAGCAAAUCUGCCCAAAGAGACAAUAACUUCUGACCUAAAUGAAUAUAAGUUUGAAAAGAAACCUCAUAUUAAAAUCGAAUUUGAAGAAAAUUCUCCAAAGAAACAGGUUCCUGAGGGCUUAUGGGAGCCUUCUAAUUGGCAAGAGUUUCUUUUGAAUUUGAGAAACAUGAGAGCUAAUCAUGAUGCACCAGUUGAUACAAUGGGUUGCCAUAUGUGUAUGGACGAAAAUGCUUCACCGAAGGAAAUAAGAUACCAGUCAUUAAUAUCUUUAAUGCUUUCGAGUCAAACUAAAGACCAAGUAACAUUUGCGGCUAUGGAGCGUCUAAAGCAGAGAGGCCUGACUGUAGACAAUAUCUUAGCAAUGAGCGAUGAAGAAUUAGGAACACUUAUUUAUCCUGUUGGGUUUUGGAAGACAAAAGUAAAGUACAUAAAGAAGACAACACAAACUUUGAAAGAGCAGUACAACAGUGACAUUCCUGAUUCAGCAGAAAAAUUAUGUAAGCUCAAUGGAGUAGGACCUAAAAUGGCUCACAUUUGUAUGAAGGUUGCUUGGAAUAAAGUCACAGGAAUUGGUGUAGAUACACAUGUGCAUAGAAUAAGUAAUAGAAUAGGAUGGGUCAAGAACCCAACAGCUACACCUGAGGACACAAGAAAAGCUCUACAAUCCUGGUUACCAUUUGAACUGUGGAGUGAAGUAAAUCAUUUAAUGGUGGGUUUUGGACAGACAAUAUGUUUACCCAUUGGGCCAAACUGUGAUGAAUGUUUAAAUAAAGACAUUUGUCCAUCAAGACUUAUCAAAAAGUCUCCUAAAAAGACUCCAACAAAAAAAAUUGGAGAGAAAGACGAGGAGAAACCACUGUCUACAGAAAAGACUCCAAAAAAAUCUCCUCAAAUACUUCCUAAACUAAAAAUAGAAAAGUCUCCAAUAAAUUUAAAAAGACCUAAAUCACCAACAUUACAGACAACCAAAGAAUGUAUAAUUUCACCAACAAAAAGAAAAGCUGUAAAAAAUCUCAAAGAAGAUUUAGAAUCGACAAGCAAGGACACAGUGAAACAAAAGAAUGUUAAAGAUAACCAAAAUAAACAAGAGUCCAAAAUAAAGGCCAGAAAAUCACCUAGACUAAAAACUACUGGAAUUCAGCAUACAGCUUAAUGUUUAAUUAAAAAAGGUAACCAUAUAAGAGAUAUUCAUUUUAUUUAAUAAAGGUUAUUAAUUAUGAUCAAACGUUAGUUUUGUUGAAAGUAUAGAUGAAGGAAAACAGGAUGGUUUAACAACAUUUUAAAUUAUAUCUCAGCUGGCAAAAUACCAAAUCUUUUUUAUACAAGAACUGUUGACGCAUUCUUAACAUUAACCUUAUUGUAAAAUGAUCUGAAAUCCUGUUACUUAAAUGUAAUAAUUAUUACAAUCUGUAUGAUACAUCGAGAUUAGAUAUAAUCAUGAAUAUUAUGGUAACACAAUACCUCUAUAAAUAAAUUUAAUGCUUUUUCCUAUGA